AUGGCUGUCUCCACGGGCUCAGCUACCCCGGGAGUUUCCCAACCAAAAGGCGGGCGCUCCUACCCCGUGAUAUCGCGGCGCGAGAUCGAGGCACAAAUCGCCGAAGGCAGGACCAUCUUUAUCUUGGAACAGUAUGUGAUCAAGGCGGACGCCUGGCUCAAAUACCACCCGGGGGGUGAUAAAGCCAUUAUGCACAUGGUGGGCAGGGACGCCACUGAUGAAGUGACUAUCCUCCACUCUCUCGAAGCCCGCCGCAUGAUGGAAAAGUACCGUAUUGGCAGAAUCGAGGGUCGCUGGAAGAACUUCCUGCCUCCGGUUCAGGGCGGCAAGUUUCGGUUGAGGGUUGGUGAUGGGAAGGAGCAGGAGGAGGAGUACGACGGCGGCUUGAUCACGCGGCAAAGGAGGGAAAACGCUACGGCAUCGUCCAGUGACACCGGUUCUCGCUCACCUUCACCCACCUUCGACUCUGACGACGCCGGCCCUGACUCGGGCCUCCGCAAGCGGAAGCCGGGGAUGGCGAGGUCGAACUCGGAAACAUCGCUCUCGUCUCUCGGGGAUGGUGCUACGCCCGCACCGGCGGACGGCAUGGCUCACCUUGAUAUGCUCACCCGCAAGGAGAUCAAGCUCGACCUUGCCAAAUAUCCAUCCCUCGAGCCAGCCACACAGGAUGCCAUCGUGGAAAAGUACCGCCUCCUUCACGAGCGCAUCAAGGCUGAGGGUUUAUUCAACUGCAACUACUGGGCCUACGCCAUCGAAACCUCGCGGUAUCUUACCCUCCUCGGUCUCACGCUGCUCUUCCUGAGCUGGAAGUGCCACUUUGUGACGACGCCGGUGCACGUGCAGAUCACGCUAUCACACUUCGCCAUGAGCACGGCAGACCUAGGCGUCGAGGAGUCGUUCCCGCAGAAGAUGCUGCGCACCACCAUGGACGUCGACUGCCCGCCGUGGCUCGACUUCUUCCACGGCGGCGUGCAGUUCCAGGCCAUCCACCACCUGUUCCCGCGCAUCCCCCGGCACAACCUGCGCAAGACCCAGCGCCUGGUGCAGGAGUUUUGCGACGACGUCGGCAUCCCCUACGCCCUGUAUGGCUUUGUCGACGGGAACAAGCAGGUCAUUGGCCGCCUGGCGGAUGUUGCGAGGCAGGCUGCCAUUUUGGCAAAGUGCCAGAGCGUGAUGGCGGCGAGCGAGCCGGGCCGUGAGCAUCACCACCAUCACUAG